AUGUUUUCAGAAUACGCCUCGCGGUUUCUUGCUCAGUCACAGUCGCGAAUAGGGCCUCGUCCUGAUGAGGUGCGGAAGGGCCACCGUCCCAGACAACAACAGGGGAACUCUCGCUUUCCAGUUUCCCGUCCGGUCCUGCAAAGAACGGCUAUCGACCCGUAUCAACCAACCUCCUCCCAGAGAUCCAACCUUCCUUUUGCAUCUCGAAGUCUGGCUCCACCUGCGCCUCUUUUCUAUAGUGCUACCGAUGAAUUCCGUGAAGAAGAUGACGAGACCGAGCGUGAUCGAGAGAUCGCUGACUUCUAUGCUCUACAAAGGUCUAGGCGACAGUUCGGUGGUAGUCGCCUGAAGGAUUCUUCGGAGAUGGAAUAUGAUGAAGAUGAAGAGGAUGAAGGAGAGGAUAACAUGGGCCUUUCCGAUGAACACCGAUACAAUGUUCCCAGAAAGAGCAAAGGCAUCAGGAGCUCAUGGCGAGAUGGCACAUCAACUUAUGACGCACGGAACGGGUUUCAAAACUCCACUGAAGAUGCUUUACAGAACCAAAUCGGCUCCAGCCAUGAGUGCAGAGAGGACUUGUUCGAUGUUCGUCUCGAGGACACCUUAAGAUCCGAUAUUGAUACCGACAAGCCCAAUUCUGACAUAGGUGAUGACGACCCACCAUCUGUCCAACGAUUCAGGGAGCAGUCCGAACUCCCCGGCGGCAAUUUUGGGAUAGACUCGUCGUUUUUACCAGCCGGCAUAAGGAAGCAGUCUAGGAUGGAAACUUCACGGCCAGAAAGCCUCUCAGACCACAACCAGGUGUCAAUUCCCAGAGAAGUCGCAGGAUUGCCAGCUCAUGAUGUUUUCUGGGGCCAGCUCUUCUUGAUAACGCUGGCCUGCCUUCUCGCAACUGCGUUCCUGAUUUAUCUCCACACUUCCGUCCCAUCGGGGGACAAGUCAAAGUGGGGUGACACGGUUUAUCUAACUGUUCAUGGCUCCUUUUCUCUCCUUGGGGCCUACACCGUUGUCUCGAUAUUUGUCUCACUGCUUUGGCUCGCUUUGCUCCGUUCCUACGUUCGUCAACUAGUAUACGCGAUUAUGUUCGCCGUCCCAGUGAUCCUGUACUCGUUCUCUAUCUACCCGUUUAUCUCAAGCUUCAAAGGUGCUUGGCAUGGCACUAGCGUACAGGACAAGGUGAUGAGAUUCGGGUCUUUCAUUCCAUUCUUCCUAGGAAGUCUGUGGACGUACAAUGUGAUACGAGGCCGCCAUGCUAUAGGCAAGGCAAUAGGGGUCCUGGAAUUCGCAUGUCGGAUACUCGCUGCAAACGCAGAAUUGCUAGCUUUUGGUCUCGGCAUCCUCACCUUCAUUGUUUCCUGGACCUGGGUGUGGAUGCUCAUGUUCACCCGGGUAUUCUUGGGUGGGCAUGUCUCGGAGUCAAAAUUUUUCAUCAUCAAUCUUAGCAGUUGGUGGCUGGCAAUUUAUUUCAUAAUUGUCUAUAUAUGGUCACUGGGCGUGAUUGGCGGCAUACAGCGUGCGGUCACGGCUGCAACAGUGAGCCAGUGGUACUUCCACCGCCUCGCAAGUCCUGCUCCGACCUCCAGGCAGGUUGUCCAGGCGGCCAUUGUUCAUUCUUUCACAACACUAUUCGGCACGAUCUGCUUCUCUAGACUGAUUGCCCUCUUAGUGCGACUACCUCUCAUUGUCUUGCCAAGCCGUAUCACCUCAUUUCUGAGCUUGCUCGCUUAUUCCCUUGUGCCUACUCCCAUAGCAGCUCUCACAGACCCUCUAUCGCUUACUUAUGGGGCAAUUCAUUCUCAGUCCCUUGACGCCUCUGCUCGUGGUCUAAGUCGAAUGCAAAUUCUCUCCUCACCGAUUACCACACCGUCACUGCAUCCGUCAUCCUGUUCCCGUGAUGGGCUUGCCCCUCUUCUCCCAUACCGACUUUCAAAGCUAAUCCUACAUGCUGCUCGUCUCAUGAUGUCUUUAGCGCUUGGGUUCGGGGGCUGGGUAUCCGCCGCCAGGAACUUGGGCGUACCUGCUGUCAGUAGUAUAGGCAAGGGAAGCGUGUAUGCUUACGUGGUUGGCCUAAUCGCAGGAACGAUCGGCUGGAGCGUGUUAGGCACGGUCGAAGGCAUAAUAGCUGACAUAGUGGAUGCCUCCAUCAUUUGCUGGGGCAGUGAGGUUGGAAUCCACGGCAGAGAAGCUAGGUAUUGCCGAGAAGCUGGCUGGCUCUUUGGCGACGAGCCGAUCCCUCGCACCACACAUGUGCGUGACUUUGUAGAAGCCUAA